AUGGCCGGAGAAGAGAGCCGUGAAGCUCAUCAACGAUGCGAGGACCAUGAGGAAUCGAGUCCUCUCUUGCAAGUGAAAGAAAGCAAGAUCUGCUCCAAAGGAGACACUAAGAAGGCGGCGCCGGCGGCGGAGGAAUACGGAUGGACGGCGGAUGGAUUACCGGUGAGUCAAGGGAGCGUGAUGGGAGAGCCGAUCGGGAGAAACCAGUGGAGUUCCGGUCUUUUUUCCUGUCUCGGCCGAAACGAUGAGUUCUGCAGCAGCGAUCUCGAAGUUUGUCUACUUGGAAGUGUGGCUCCAUGUGUAUUGUAUGGAAGUAAUGCAGAGAGGCUUGGGUCUGCUCCUGCAACCUUUUCUAAUCACUGCUUGACCUAUUUGGGAUUGUACUUUGUUGGCAACUCUUUGUUUGGCUGGAACUGCCUUGCUCCUUGGUUCUCUUAUUCAUCCCGCUCUGCCAUUCGCCGAAGGUUUAACCUUGAGGGAAGCUUUGAGGCGAUGAACAGGUCAUGUGGUUGCUGCGGUAGCUGCAUAGAAGACGAGAUGCAAAGGGAACAUAUGGAGACGACUUGUGACUUUGUGACACAUGUUCUUUGUCAUACAUGCGCUCUUUGCCAAGAAGGACGUGAGAUCCGCAGGAACGUUCUUCACCCUGGUUUCAAUGCUCAGUCCACUGUGGUUGUGCUUCCACCCAGUGAACAAACCAUGGGACGUAAGUGA